CCAAGUCUCUCCCCUUUUGGCUGACCAAUGGCGAGACGGUAUCAGUUGGGUUUUGGCCAAUGAGAAGACAGGUGAUGUGCUUUGGGUCACUUUGCCUUGGACGGCACCAGCCACAAUGAGGCAACGGAAGCCCAGUUGGCGUUGCUGGCGCGAUGGGGAAAGCAGCUUCGCGUCGUUUUGUGGUGAAAUCAGACAAUUCAGAACUUCAAGCCACACGCAUAGUCGACUACUUGUAAGCUGACAUCUCCAUCACAAGACGUGGCGUGACUGUGCUCAACGGAUGUCAUCCAGCUGACAGUCCAGUGCGAAAUUGACAACUUCAACUGAAAUUAUCACAAUAGAAGUCGUAAGCUCAAAUUCACUUUCAAAAUUCCGAUCACCUCAUUGGUAAUAUUUUCUGCCAAUCGAUACUCAAAUGUUUCGAUUUCUCCAAAGUACAGAUUUCAGUUGAAAAUGGCCGGCCGAGAGUUCGCGCAUGUCCAGCCGGUGCGUGCGUGCCCCUGGCGGGCCCAGGAGACCCAAAACGGCCGCACUCUUUCUCCUAUCUCCUCUGCAAUAGGCUUGUGUAACUUGUGACAAUCUUUCGCUCUCCCGCUCGCCAGGACAAUGCCGAGAUCGAACGAUCUGUGCUCUCACAAGAGGUGGAAGCGCUGCGAAACCGGCUAGGGCUGCGCCAAGUGGACGUGUCGAAGGAGUGCGGUGUGAACGCCAGUAUGCUGUCCCAGUGGAUGCUGGGCAGGUACAAGGGCAAUGUUGGACGAAUCAACGGUCUGAUGGAGUCGUGGCUGAUUCGCCGGCGUGGAGGAAAGCCGAUGGAUAAGGGCAUGAUGCUGUUCACCUCGACGGCUAGCUCACCGAAGCUGAAGCGAAGGUUGGAGGAGAUGAACGAUCCACUACAAGCAGCCAGAAGGAAAGACAGCAUGGUCCUGGCGCAGCGCAAACUGUAUAAUUAUCCCAAGUUCCCAACUCAUGACACGCUACUGAUCCCCAUUCGACUCGACAUAGACGUCGAAGGUUACCGGUACAUUGACUCUUUUUCGUGGAACUUCUAUGAGAAGGACUUCACGUACGAGACAUUUGCUGCAGCGCUAGUGAGAGACUUGGAUCUCCCCAACUGCUUUUACAAGCGGAUCGCAAAAUCGAUUCAAGAGCAGGUGGAGAAGGCACAGAAAUUGCUUCCAUGGAGCGAGGCUGUCACUGGCGAGAGUUUACACCCGAUUUUUAUCAACCUACGGCUAAACGAUACUAUCUACAUCGACCGUUUUGAGUGGGAUCUCAAUAAUCCCAACAACUCACCCGAGCGCUUCGCCCAAGUCGUUUGUGAGGACUUGGGUUUGAGUGGCGAGUUCGAAGCCCAAGUGGCUUUAUCCAUCCGCGAGCAGCUUCGAGACUACUCAAGAGUAAGCAAACAAUGCGAUCUGCUAAUGCCAGAGUGGAGUGCUGACGUGGUAGAUAAUGCUAUUGAGCAGCUUAUUCGAGAAGGUUUGAAAGACCGAGUCAGCAGACUACCACCAGUCACUGCAGCGUUCCGCGACCGCCUUGACGCUGAAGCGUGGGGUCCGUCAGUGAAGUACAUUCUGGCGGACGACAUCCCACAACUCGAGCGCGAAGACUUUAAGCGGAUGAGGCCGCUAUCACGCCCGACGAUACACGUGACUCCGCCUCCCGCUCCAGUAGCAAAACCCAAUCGGCCGCCCAAGCCAGUCAACACAUUCCUCAUGUUUUGCAGGCAAAACCGAAAGAAGAUUAUGGCGGAUCAUCCUGCUACCAGCGCUAAGGAUGCGUCGAAAAUUCUCGGAGAUAUGUGGCAAAAACUGUCCGAGAAGGAACGCGCAAGUUACAUCCCAAUGACCGAAAUGGAGAACCAGCGGCGAAUGAACGAGUGGCGGAUGAAGGAGAACGCACUGAAUGGCAUCCACACGACACUAACUGGCGGCAUAGCAACUCCCACUGCAUCAGCCACUUCCAGACAAGCCACAAUUCCUGGCGCUCCGAUGCUUCUAGCUCCUCGAAUCGCUCCGAGUGUGGCCUCGCCAAUCGACGACGUUGACGAUGCUGACGCCGAGGAUGACGAAGACGACGAAGACGACGAUGAAGAUACUGCUAGUGCGACUGGCAUUACCGUCUGAUAAAGCUGCAUUGAUCAAUCAAGCCAGGUCUCAAUCUAUUGAGAUCUGGCCCUUCAAAAGUCUG